CAUUUCGUAGCGUGGCGGGGAAGGCUCACCAGAUAACGUUUCGUUCCCACCACUCUUCUUUCCCCUCAGCGCUGAGCUGCCUAAGAAUCCCCUCAGGGAACGCGAGGGGCGGUCCCAGCUACUAAGAGAACACUGCUCCUUCUCACCCAGUCACGCCUCGCAGGCGUAAGGGCGGCGAGGUGGGCGGCCUGGACGCCCCAGUGCCCACCACGCCGCCCCAGAACCGCUAGAAGCGUCCGCCCAGGCUGCUGGAACCCUCUGCCACCGGUUAGGCUGCGAAUCGGCAGCUCUCACCCGCUCUCUAGUACUUCAGCUCCCUUAUGGGAGCUACCACGCACGACUCCGACACCGCAGACGCCACGGCCUCGCUGCUCGCCUCGCCUUGCCUUGAGCCGCCGCGCUCCUCCUGUCGGCGGCACAGCGACAGGGGCGCAGGGAGGGGAAGGGCCGGGAGGGGACGGGGUGCGCUGCCGGCGGCUUCGCGGGCUUCUCCUCGCGAGAGCGGGCGAGGUUUCCGGUGUUGUGACUGAGGGGCCGUAAACAUGGCGGUGAGUCUCCGAGCUCGCUCGUUGAGGCACCUCCGCAUCCGAGGUCGGAACGACAGCGGUGAGGAGAACGUUCCCCUCGAUCUCAGCCGAGAACCCUGUGAUAAUAUGAGAGAGAUCCUCCAAAAUGUGGCCAAAUUACAAGGUGUUUCAAAUAUGAGAAAACUAGGUCACUUGAAUAAUUUUACUAAGCUUCUUUGUAAUACUGGCCAUGCUGAGGAAAAGCUAGGUUUUACGUAUGACAGUAUCAUAAUAUGUCUGAGGUUAGCUUUACUAAAUGAAGCAAAAGAGGUGCGUGCAGCAGGAUUGCGAGCCCUCCGCUAUCUCAUUCGAGAUUCCAGUAUUCUCCAGAAGGUGCUGAAGUUGAAAGUGGAUUACUUGAUAGCCAGGUGCAUUGACAUACAACAGAGUAAUGAAGUAGAAAGAACACAAGCACUUCGAUUAGUGAGAAAGAUGAUCACUGUGAAUGCUUCAUUGUUCCCCAGUUCUAUAACUAAUUCUUUGAUAGCAGUUGGAAAUGAUGGUCUGCAAGAAAGAGACAGGAUGGUUCGAGCAUGUAUAGCCAUUAUCUGUGAACUAGCACUUCAGAAUCCUGAAAUGGUGGCUCUUCGAGGUGGUUUAAGUACCAUCUUGAAAAAUGUGAUUGACUGUCAGUUAAGUCGAAUAAAUGAGGCUCUGAUAACCACAGUUUUGCACCUCAUUAAUCAUCCAAAGACCCGACAGUAUGUGCGAGCAGAUGUAGAAUUAGAGCGAAUUUUAGCUCCUUACACAGAUUUUCACUACAGGCACAAUCCAGACACAGCAGAAGGACAGCUCAAGGAAGACAGAGAAGCACGGUUCCUAGCUAGUAAAAUGGGAAUAGUGGCAGCAUUUCGCUCAUGGGCAGGUAUUAUCAGCCUGUGUAAACCUGGAAAUUCUGGGAUUCAGUCUCUUAUUGGGGUACUCUGUAUACCAAAUAUGGAAAUACGGCGAGGUCUGCUUGAAGUUCUCUAUGAUAUAUUUCGCCUUCCUCUCCCUGUUAUUGCAGAAGAAUUUAUUGAGGCACUUCUCAGUGUAGAUCCAAGCAGGUUUCAGGACUGCUGGAGACUUUCUGAUGGCUUUGUAGCUGCCGAAGCUAAAACUGUAUUACCCCAUCGAGCCAGGUCAAGGCCUGAUCUCAUGGAUAAUUAUUUGGCUUUAGUGCUUUCAGCUUUUAUUACCAAUGGACUUCUAGAGGGUCUGGUUGAAGUGAUUACGAGUAGUGAUGACCAUGUAUCUGUUAGAGCAACAAUUCUCUUAGGAGAGCUUCUGCACAUGGCAAAUACAAUUCUUCCUCAUUCUCACAGCCAUCACCUGCACUGCUUACCAACGCUAAUGAAUAUGGCAGCAUCUUUUGACAUCAUGAAAGAGAAAAGACUUCGAGCAAGUGCCGCACUCAACUGCUUAAAACGUUUUCAUGAGAUGAAGAAAAGAGGACCUAAACCUUACAGCCUCCACUUAGAUCAUAUUAUUCAGAAAGCUAUCUCAACACACCAAAAAAGGGAUCAGUACCGUGUGCAGAAAGACAUAUUUAUUUUAAAGUUUUCCAUUUCUGUAUUUCAGGAUACAGAAGAAGCACUUGGAAUGAAUCUUCGAGACAGCCAAGUUCUGAAUCAUAAAGAGAACCUGGACUGGAAUUGGAAUCUAAUUGGGACCAUAUUGAAGUGGCCAAAUGUAAAUCUAAGGAACUAUAAAGAUGAACAAUUGCACAGGUUUGUAAGGAGAUUGCUGUAUUUUUACAAGCCUAGCAGUAAACUGUAUGCCAACUUGGAUCUGGACUAUGCCAAGGCUAAGCAGCUGACUGUGGUGGGUUGUCAGUUUACUGAAUUUCUUCUUGAGUCAGAGGAGGAUGGGCAAGGUUACCUGGAGGAAUUGGUUAAAGAUAUUGUACAUUGGCUCAACUCUUCAUCAGGAAUGAAACCUGAACGUAGUCUUCAAAAUAAUGGGUUACUAAAUACCCUUAGCCAGCACUACUUUCUGUUUUUUGGUACUCUCUCUUGCCACCCUCAUGGAGUGAAAAUGCUUGAAAAAUGUAACGUGUUUCAGUGUCUUCUUAAUCUUUGUUCUUUGAAGAACCAGGAUCACUUGUUAAAACUGACUGUUUCUAGUUUGGAUUACAGCAGAGAUGGGUUAGCACGAGUUAUCCUUUCUAAAAUCCUGACAGCAGCCACUGAUAGCUGCAGGUUAUAUGCAACAAAACACUUAAGAGUGUUACUGAGAGCAAAUGUAGAGUUCUUCAGCAACUGGGGGAUUGAGUUACUGGUGACCCAGUUACAUGACAAAAAUAAAACCAUUUCUUCUGAGGCACUUGAUAUUCUAGAUGAGGCAUGUGAAGACAAGGCCAAUCUUCAUGCUCUUAUCCAAAUGAAACCAGCUCUUUCUCAUCUUGGAGACAAGGGUUUACUUCUCCUCCUAAGAUUUCUGUCCAUCCCAAAGGGGUUUUCAUAUCUAAAUGAAAGAGGUUAUGUAACAAAACAAAUGGAAAAGUGGCAAAAGGAAUAUAACUUAAAGUAUGUUGAACUGAUUGAAGAACAACUCAAUGAAGCACUUACAACAUACCGCAAACCUAUUGAUGGGGAUAACUAUGUUCGUAGGAGCAACCAAAGAUUACAGAGACCACACGUCUACCUGCCAGUUCACCUCUACGGCCAGCUGGUGCACCAUAAAACAGGCUGCCACUUAUUGGAGUCUCAGAGUAUUGUCACAGAUCUAAGUUACACUGUUCGUUCACCAGUGCUGGAUAAAUGGGAAGGAAUUAAGCAGCUGAAAGCAGCCCUUUGGGCCUUGGGCAAUAUUGGAUCAUCAAAUUGGGGUCUUAACUUACUUCAGGAGGAGAAUGUGAUACCUGAUAUAAUGGCACUCGCCCAACAUUGUGAAGUUCUCUCUGUCAGAGGAACCUGUGUCUACGUGCUCGGCCUGAUAGCCAAAACUAAGCAAGGAUGUGACAUUUUGAAGCAUUACAACUGGGAUGCAGUGAGACACAGUCGUAGGCAGCCUUGGCCAGUGGUCCCUGAUGACAUGGAGCAGCUUUGCAAUGAACUUUCUUCUAUACCCAGCACUCUUAGCUUGAACUCUGAGUCCACCAGUUCUAGGCAUAACAGUGAAAGUGAAUCUGCUCCUUCAAGUAUGUUCAUCAUGGAGGACGACCGCUUUGGUAGUACUUCCACUAGUACAUUUUUCCUAGAUAUUAAUGAAGAUGCAGAACAAGUACUGUGUGACAGACCUGGACCUUCAAAGGACAAAGACCGUAGUCCUUUUCCUUUCUUUUCUUCUAGCAGACUUGUGAAAAAUCGCAUCCUAAACUCUCUUACUUUGCCUAAUAAGAAACACAGAAGUAGCAGUGAUCCAAAGGGAGGAAAGCUGACAUCAUCUGACAGUAAAUCAGGCCCUAGGCGAAAUCGUACAGUAACAGAACCUUCAAGUGGCAUAGACUUUCCUCCUGGGGAAGAGUUCAACCCUGUUUUCAAAGUUCCUAAAAUCCAGACUUUAAGAUUAGAAACUUCCUUUGUUGGAAGUAAGCACAUGGAAGAUACUGAUAGUACCCCAAGUAUCGGAGAGAAUGAUCUAAAGCUGCCAAAAGGUCUUGGAAAUGAAAUUCACCGGGAAAACACCAGCAGAGAAAGGCUGAUAGGGGAUGGUACUACACAAACACAUUUCAAAAGUCGUAGCUUAAGUUUUAACACAGACACCACAACAAGUGGCAUAAGCUCAAUGAGUUCUAGCCCUUCAAGGGAGACUGUAGGUGUGGACACUACAAAUGUAGAUACUGACUGUGGAAGCUUGAGCACUGUGGUAAGCACGAAGACAGUUAAACCAAGUCACUGUUCAACACCACAAUCUAACCACCUGCCUCUCUCAAAGUCCAACUCUGUAUCCCUGGUACCACCAGGGUCUUCUCAUACACUGCCCCGAAGAGCCCAGUCUCUUAAAGCUCCUUCUCUUGCUACGAUAAAAAGUCUUGCUGACUAUAACUUCAGCUACACAAGUUCUCGAGAUGCCUUUGGCUAUGCUACACUAAAACGCCUACAGCAGCAAAGGAUGCAUCCUUCACUGUCACACUCAGAAGCCCUGGCAUCUCCAGCAAAGGAUGUGCUGUUUACUGACACUAUUACCAUGAAGUCUGGCAGCCUGGAUUCUCGGCUAACCCCAAGCCGGUUCAUGAAAGCUUUAAGUUAUGCUUCAUUAGAUAAAGAAGAUUUAUUGAGUCCUAUAAACCAAAACACUCUUCAGCGUUCCUCUUCUGUUCGCUCCAUGGUUUCUAAUGCUACGUAUGGUAGCUCCGAUGAUUACAUUGGACUCGCUCUGCCAGUGGAUAUCAAUGAAAUAUUUCAGGUGAAGGAAACUCCAUACUUCCAGAAGAAAACCACACCUCCAUUUGAUGACCGUGGAGCAAGAGUCUUUGCACCUGAUGCAGGAGGUCUUCCAUCAGGUACAAGUGAUGUUGUCAAAAGCCCUUUUCAGAUGCUCCGACAGCAGAUCAGUCUCACAGAGAUAAUGAAUACCAGCCGCUCAGAUGCCUCCCAGUUUUUGGACAACACAGAGGAUACAGGGCUACAGGAACACACAGAUGAGAACUGCCUUUACUGUGUGUGCAUUCAGAUACUGGGUUAUCAGCCUAACAACAAAGUCAACUCUUCAUAUGGUCGUGCAGAUUUUUCAGACAUUCCAUAUACUGACUGGUGUGGACAGACCAUACACAAUCACUUAGAUGUGCAUUCCUCCAAGUUUUCUGGAAUUUCAGGCUGUAGUGAUGCUGUAUCCCAUGGUUCUGCUAGCAGCACCAAGAGCACAGAGCUCGUACUGGGAGUAAAAUCAAUCCCAGAUGAUACACCAGUGUGCAGAAUACUUCUGCGGAAAGAAGUCUUACGUUUAGUAAUCAAUUUGAGCAGCUCCGUAGGAACUAAGGGUCAUGAAACUGGACUCCUCACAAUUAAGGAGAAGUAUCCCCAGGCAUUUGAUGACAUAUGCCUUUACUCUGAGGUGUCCUACUUGCUAGCACAUUGUACAUUUCGGCUUCCAUCUCGAAGGUUCAUUCAGGAGCUGUUUCAAGAUGUGCAGUUCUUACAAAUGCAUGAAGAAGCAGAGGCUAUCUUAGCAAUGCCAACAAAACAGCCUGUAAUGGAUGCACCAGCUGAAUCCUGACCUUUGUCUUGUGUGUAGUCCAUGACAUACAGACUUUUUUGACAUCCUCAGACAACCUCUGACUGACUGGACAUAAAAGCUUGGAGCAUCAUCUUUUAGACUGUUCCAGAAAUUACUGGUACCUGAAGACUGAACUGAAAACUUUUUUUUUUUUUUCUUCUUCAGCCAAUUACUGUCCCAAUAUUUUGGGCAAUUUGGGGAUUAACUAAACAUUACCAUAGUUUUAAUAAUUGUAUUUACCAGUAUAUGCAAGAGCCAAGCACUGAACAUCUCCGCAAUGUUUCAUUUCAUUUUCUACCAUAAAGUUAAAAAAAAAAAAAAGGAAAAAAAAAACCCAAACGAAAAAACAUAGGACAACAUGCACAGACAUCUUUUUUUAUUGACUUCCAAUUCUGUUCCAGAGCAGCAGAACAAUGCCUUGCUUUUUAAAUUCUGGAUAAUAGGAAUCGGAGAGAUGAGGAUGCAUUUCAUUGCCAGCAAUGGGGAGUCGUGCUGUGAUGGCAGAUAUAUGGGGAUUAAUGUUAGCCUUUCUCUGUUGUUUUUAUUUGUACUGUUUAUAACACUACUUGGGGGUUUGUAACUUCAGAUAGAAAGAAAAGCCUUUGUGAAUCUGAGGUUUCCUUUAAGUUAUUUUGAUAUUGCUAUAGUUGUAAGUCAUUUAUUAGCAGUCUCUUCAUUACAUUUACAUUCAUGUAUUGUGUCAGAAGCAGUUAAGGAUUUUCACUACAGUUUGGUUUUAAAAAAUAACCAAUCAUUUAAACUUAAAAUUUUGGAAUUUGAUUGUGUUCCCUGAAUGAUAUGCAUGUGUUUGCAGUUUCUACACUCAUAUAGUGCUGUUAUAGUACAAAUGUUGGUCUUACUCUUAACUAAAAUCCUUUAAAAAGCAUGAUUCAUAUCAGAUAAAUGAAUAAUGUGUGAGCUAAACUUGAAGACAUUUAAUCAUUGCUGCUUUUGUGAGAAAACAUAAUGUGUGUUUUCCAAGCACCAUGGAAACAGCCUUUUAUAAAAAAACAAAACAAAGGUUUAUUUGACCUUUCAAUGGAUGAGUGGUCGAGCAUCAGAUAGUACUAAUAAUUGUAGUGAAAAGCCUUAAGUAAAAUUUUGGAGCAGCAGUGCUUAUAAUUUUAUACAAUAUUUAAGAUUUGUUGCAAAAGUUAAAUGAUAAAAUGACUGUUAAGGACUGAAAUAGUUGCCUCUAUUAUGUUACUAGCGAGGUUUCUAGGUUAAUGAGUGCAAGCUUUAGAGUAAGAAUCCACAUCACUUUUGUCACGGAUAUUAAAAUCAGAAACCUUUAUACGAAGGUAAUAUAAAUAUAUGCAAAUGUGUAUAUACAGUAGCAUGGCCACCUUUGCUAGAAUGCCUGUAACAGAAGGGAUUACCCUUUGAUUUUGAUAUAGGUGAAUAAUUCAGCUGGACUGUACUAAGUAGAACAUAUUUUUAUCCAUUCACUUUUACCAUUUUUUAUAUCUUGUCAGAUUAAUACCUUUAGUAAAGAUAAGUGGAAUUUAUCCUGAUGCUUAAAAACCCUGUUCAUACUAGCUAUGCUACUGGAGAUUUCAAUGAGUAGUCCUGUGAACAGUAAAACACAGUUCCUAGUGAAAUGUAGUAUUUCUCUGUUCUUGUUGGAAACUUAGUCUUGCCACAGUAAGCACUGCUUUGCAGCUGUCACUUCACUGAGUUUUCGUGUGCACCGCAUACAUCAGAUUCUGGUAAAGCAGAUCGUAAGUUGCUGCUCAUAGGCAAAUUCAGUUCCUAAAGUUAUCUUUUCAUGAGUUCCCACUGAAAGAAGGAGCAAAGAAACCGAUUCCACACUUCCAUGACACAAAUAACCUGUCUGUGUGUUGUGGCAUGUUUGAAAUGCUCUGAAAAACAUACCACACUGGUAACUAUUGGACUUCUCUUGUCAUAGGAAAUUAAUAACUUCCAUAAAACCAAAAUAUCAAUCACAGUAGACCAAAUAGUGGUAUAAACUCCAAAGGAAAUAAUGUAGUCUUCCCCAGAAUGGGGCUAGCAUAUCUUAUACCGUAGUUUGAAACACUACCUCAGUUAGGCUAGAUAUAAGAUUUGUUCUAAUAGCUAGAUGGGGUUACACCAAACAACUCCAUGUUAUUUUUCUGCAGUUAAAGCGAAAUAAAACGAGUUUUGUCACCUGUAUUUAAAAUAGCUUUGUUCAUUUGUUACAAGUUUAACCCGUUAGCACUUACUGUAGAAAGCGCCAUAGGGAGAGGCCUCUGGUUGUAAAGAGGUAAGCAAAAGCAGUGUCAGUUUAUGUGUUAAAGAAUCUCCCUCCUGAGAUGGUUUUGUGUUCUGAAGUACUUGCUUCUGUGGGGAUCCGUAACAAUGGAAGCUUGACGUACAAAUUAUGGCUGCAAAUUGUUCCAAAACACGAUGAAUUUCUAUUUUUUCUUCUGAAAGUGUGUGUCAGAAGAUUUCAGGAUGUAAAGUCUGUACUGUACAUAACACAGCAUCUCUGGAAUUGAUUUACCUAUUUACAUUAAGCUUACAUUACUGUUUUAAUUGGCAAAUGAAGGGAUACUGUCAGUGAAGGAGUUUGAUACUGACCUAGUUAUAAACUGUGAAUUUCUGAUUCUGCAGAUUUCUUUCUGAGAAAAUAUCCCUUUCAAAGUUCUCAUUUGGGGGUUUUACUCAUGUCAUGGUUAGUCUUCAAAACAAAACAGCAGUAAAUAAAAAUUAUGCUUCUAUUAAGCCUAAUAAAGAAUACUUCUACUAAGAAAGCUUGCAAGGGAAGCUGACAGACCACCCACUUUGUGUUUCUUCUGUCCGGAUGGUAAAUCGUAAAGCACAUAGUGUUCACUUAACACUACGUACAAACAUGAUUUGGUUGCUGUAGCAAAGAAAUUCUGCAGUGAUUCAGUAUGCCAGCACAAAAUUCCCAGCUCUGAGGCAAACCCCUUUAUGGGAAGGAGUGGUGUCCAUGUGCAGCCAGACACCUUUUCAGCUCUCAAAGAUGCAGAAUGCUCUUGGACAUCACUUGGAGCUGGAGACAUUUAACCUUUGAGAUGCUUAACUCAUAUGCUGGUCUCUUGGAAUGUUGUGCUUGAAACACAAGUGUUUUUUCUCUCAUUUGACAAGUUUUACUUGACCUGACAUACCUACCAUAAGUGUACUCCCACUGGGUUUUGUCAUGUUGGUUGUGUUUUUGCCCCAAGACAAUAGGAGAUUGCAAAGCAGUUUAAGGUGUAAGUAAGUAAGUUUAAGGUGUAAGUAAGCCAACCUUAUUGCAGUUAAAAUGGCAAAAAGGUGAACAGGAUUAUGAUUCUGUUUUGAAAUGUACAUAGUGGUCUUGAAUGAGAGCUGUAGUUUGCAGUGGGAAAACUUACAACAGCUUUACUAGGCACCUGAAGAGAAAGGCAGCUAUUUAAGAAAGAUGUAUUAAUCAAAGCCUUCCAAUAGAUCAAAGACUUGCUGCUGCUUAAUUUUUGUCCUGGUCUUCGUAUUUGGCUCUUUGGACUACAGGAAGUUGGUGUUACCAUGUCAGUGAACAGGAGCUCAAGCUGAGCAGCCACAGUGGAAGGAUUCUUUCCAGGCUUCCGAGUGUCUCCAAGGUUUCUGCUCACUUCCUAGCAGGGCAGCACAGAAGUCCUGUUGCUCAGAGCUUCGCUGGAGCCAGCUGAAUGCAGGUCCUGUAGCUUUUAAUUUAUACUUCUAUUAACGUGCUUAUUAAAGGUAUACUAGGUUAAGAGUAAAAUCUGAGAACUGUAAAAGAUCAUUGGGAACAUGCUUCCAAGCCAUGUUUGUGUUUUGCUAGAAGCCACCCCUCUCCCUCUUCCUGUGUUUUAAGUCCUGAUUCCAGUUCUCUGGAUGUUUUUUGUUUUGAGCAGACACGUAAUGUUCAGUAAAGAAUGUGGAUCUUCCAUGGACUAUUUUUGUAACGUAGACAGACAGCAAAUGUCACAGCACGGACAAAUUGCACAUUUUUUGCUCAAGUUGCUUUGUAAAAUACUCUAUUUUAUUUGAGAAAUAAAAUUUAUGCCAAAAAAAAAAAAACAAAACCCAAAACCCAAACCUGCAACAUGCCAUUUUGCCACUGAAUAGUCUUGUUCUAGCACAAAAUGCAAUACCCGAGGGGCAGGGUGGGCAAAGCAGACAUCUUAUGGAUUUAAUUGAAGAGUUGCUCAAAUACUGGGCUGUCAGCAUCCCUAAAACUGCAUUGCAAGAGAUAAUCUCAAUUAGUCAUUUGGAGAAGGGAAGAGAUUAAGGAAUGUUUUAUUCUUCCUGUCCCAUGCAGUCUUUCUCUUUUUAUUUAGUACUACGCUGCUACGUAUUUGGAGGUUCCUAGAGUUUGUAGGUCACUGAACAGACAUGGAAAUCUUGAUUUAUAUUGUAUACCUGUAACAUAGAAAGAAAAAGUAUUUAUAUUUUCCAUAAGAAUAUUGCAUUGAGCUGUGUAUAAUUUAAUCAGAGGCUUGUCCCAAAAUGGUAUUGCCCACCUUGAAUUUUUUCAAUUUAUUUUUUUUUGUGUGUGUGUGUUUUGGGGUUCUUUUAUUUUCUUUUAUUUUUUUUAAUAGUGUGUACAGUUCAUGUCAAUGGGCAUUAAAAGCCUCCAGAACCAUAAUCUGAUCAAAGGGAUGCAUUGUUAAUAAAAUGUACUUAAACUUCU